AUGUUUUCGUGCUGUAUGGGUUGUAUCCUGUUGCUACGUUGACGAACGGGAGAUAUGGUACGGAGCGCCUCGUGUUCGGUGCUCGUUGCCGAAUGGGAGGUAAGAUGUUCCUAGAGGUCAACGUCGACGAGGGAGGGAGGAACGAUAUAUAAGAGCCGGAUUCGGAUUUCGGAGUUGAUAAUCGUCUCUUCUUCCUGGUAUCUCUCUUUUCCUUGUUGAACGAAAAAUCAAGAUGAGGGCUCUCGUUUGCUGCGCAAUCUUGUUGCUGGUGUGCGCGUUCGCACAAGUGGAAGGUGGCUGCCAAUACAAAGAAGAAACUCUAACCGUGGGUAAACAUCAUCGUGACUGCUUAACGAUCACAUGCCACGAGAACGGUUCGAUGUCUUCUCUUGCAUGCCCUGUAAUGCAGUGCAGAAAUGAAAUCGGCUACCAAGAGACGGAUCUUAGCAAGCCUUUCCCGGAGUGUUGCGCAAGACCGAUUUGUCAAGAUUAAACUAGGACACGUUGGACAAUGGAAUAUUCUCUGUUAAAAAUAUUUUUAAUCCCGCAAAUAAAUAUCGCUUUUGUCUGAAUUCAACGAAAUACAGUAUUGUCGUUUCUGCA